AUGCCUACGGGCGCACAAGCUGCACCCUACCCUGUGCGCCCAUGCAUAAUAAAAAUCCCAUCUACAAUCAUCACUAUUCCGCUUCUGCUGUUAUUAUUUUCAUCCCAUUUUGUGGCAGAGGUGGUGGCACAAGCGAACCCGUCUCAGGCCCUACUCAAAUUCAAAACCUCCAUAGCCAAUGCCGACCCAGCCCUCGCCAACUGGGGCUCAUCCCCUAACCCGUGCUCCGGGGACCGCGCCAACUGGGCCGGCAUCCUCUGCUUCAAUGUGCUGCUUUUCCUCGUGUACAGAAGGAGCCGAAAGAGCAGCCCGACACCCCAGCUCGGGAGGGAACUUACCCCGCCAGCAUCGGCACUCACUCCCUCAGCCUCUAAAAAAAGCAGUAUCUCCAAUGCUGUCGCUGUUGCCAUCCACACUACAGGUGGCAACAGUGGAAGAAAAGGCGGUGAACAACAGCAGCAACAGGGAGCAGGUAAGUUAUCGUUCGUGAGGGACAAUCAGCAAAAGUUCGAACUGCAGGAUUUGAUGAGGGCUUCCGCCGAGGUGUUGGGAAGCGGCGAUUUCGGGGCUUCUUACAAAGCGGUGCUGGUGGAUGGGGAGGCGCUUGUCGUCAAGAGGUUCAAGCAGAUGAAUAACGUGGCUAAGGAGGACUUUCAUGAGCAUAUGAGGAGGCUCGCCAGGCUCAAGAACCCGAAUCUCCUGCCCCUGGUUGCAUACCUGUAUCGCAAGGAAGAGAAGCUCCUGGUCUUUGAUUACGUCAACAAUGGAAGCCUGUCCGCACAUCUUCACGGAAAACAUUCGUCGGGGCUCAGUUGGGCAAGCAGGUUAAAGAUCAUAAAAGGAGUGGUCAAGGGGUUGAAUUAUCUACACACCGAGCUUCCCGCCCUGACCAUACCUCAUGGCCACCUCAAAUCAUCAAAUGUGCUAAUAGACAGCGACUUCAACCCCCAGUUGAUGGACUACACUCUAGCGCCGGUGGUGAAUCCCAACCAGGUCCAUGAAAUCCUGGUGGCAUACAGAUCUCCGGACUAUGCCAAAACUGGCCGUGUAUGCAAGAAAACCGACGUCUGGUGCUUGGGCAUCUUGAUACUGGAGACUCUCACGGGAAAGUUCGUUGCCAAGUACCUUUCCCAAGGUAGCGGGCAGUACAGUGCCGAAUUAGCUGGAUGGGUAAAUGCUAUUGUUGGUGAAUCAAGUGCACAAGUUUGUGACAAGGAAAUGGAAGUUAGUGCCGAAGGCAGGAUUCAAAUGGAGAGGCUUUUGCAGAUUGGAAUAGCAUGCUGCCAAGAGGACCUGGACAAGAGGUUGGAUUUGAAGGAGGCACUCAAACAGAUUCAAGAAGUACAAGAGUCAUGA